AUGGGCAGCCGCACACCGUUACAAACUCACUGUCGUCGUGAACGCAGCGGUCUUGCAAAGCAGAUCAAGAAAGUCAGCGACGAUGGCAAAAAGAGUCUACUAGAAGCCAUUUUUUCCAAGAAGAAGAGCGCCAAUGGACCGCCGUCGUCCAGUCCGAACCGCCGCGCACCCGCACCGACGCCAGAUUCAGCGGCUUUGGCUCGUGGUGUUGAGAUUUUGCACACUAUCUUUCCUAAGUGGGAGUCGGAGACGCUGCAAGUGGUGCUGGAGGCCAAUCGGUUUAUAAUGGAGGACACUAUUGCAGCAGUGCUGAAAAUGGAGCAAGCAGAACAUGCGGCGGUGCGAGCAGCCAAGUUAAAAGGGGCGAAAAAUGCGUGUGAGAAUAAUCGAUGGCCUGUGAAGCACCCACUGCCGGACGACUUUCUAAAGUUGCCAGACGAUGAUGAGACAGUUAUAAAUGUGCCAUCGGAGGAAGGAAUCGCAGAAGAGGAGGAUGAAGAGUGCGGGGAAAGUGAGAAGGAGGAAGAGGGCGAACUAGAGGACAAGGGGGGUUUGGAGGCGUCUGACGCUGUGAAUGACAGUCGGUCGGAUAGAUCUAGUAGCACGUUAGCCGAAGACGAUGGUACACUGUAUGGAAAAGAGUUUGAUGACGACAGGGCAUCGACGGACGGGGUGAUCGCUCCUGUGUUUGAUGAUGCAACCAUGCGCGCCAACCAGAAAAUUGUGGCAGACGCUAUGAACCAGAAGUUUCUCCCCGUGGAGCUGCGUAACAAGCGUCCUAGUAUCUUUGAUACAGCGCACAUUGAUGUGAUCAAGAAGAGCAAGCUGAAUUUGUUUGAAGCCGAAGAACGCAUUCGUCACCGCGAGCCUCAUCUUGUGUUCGGACUGCUGUCGAAGGCAAGCGAGAUUUACCGCAGUGGUGUUAUCUCGAGUCACGAACUUGACUGUCUGCGGUCCAUGAUUUUGUCAAGGAUUCAGCCCACUAAAAUGUUGAUGGACAUGACGAUGAAAAUGAAUAGCAUGAUGUCCGAUCACGAGUGGCACCUGCUCAUUCUGAAGGCGAAAGGAAUUCGUCAUGCACUCUGCAUCCGAAUCUCCCGCGAAGAAAGCGAACCUGCCCGAAAUAGUGGUCAUAUGGAGUACAUUGUCCGCGUUGUUGAUGUCGAAAGUGGUGUCGUCUGGUUCACGCGGAAGCGCUUUCGCGAGCUUUACAAACUCCACCGCAAAUUGAGCCGUUUGUCCGGGCAGGUAAAUGAAUGCGUCUUCCCAACUCGUCGUGCCCAUGGUCGGAACUCGCCAAAUCAGCUUGCGUACGAUCGUGCACCCGUGCUGGAGAACUUUUUGCGCACUACAGCAGCACUUGUUGCCCCGUCGCCGCUCACUUUUCUCCAUGGUGUCGCUCUGAAGCAAUUGCAGCAGUUCUUGGAAGUGCCGCACGUGGGUAUUCUUGAGCGCAAUCGAACCCAGCCAAUUUCUCGCGAGCUGCGCGUAUUUGUGUACCACACCGUAAACGACCGGACGUCACCUGAGGGAAAAGCUUGCCAGAAGUUUCUGUCGAAGAUGAAACAGAGUGGGUUUAAAACCGGGAAGAAUGUGCUGGAUGAGAUCGGUGACAUUUUGGACGGCGUGCAGGAAUAUAUGCUUGAGCACCGGUUUGAAGAGAUGAGACUGAUUGUCCAACGUCUGAUGAAGCAAAUCCUGUCGGGUAAUGCUGGCAGCCCGGCGCUUGGUCGACACAGCUCGUUUGUGAGCCUGAUGACAACCGACACCGUAAGCAACCAGGAUAAGCUGCAUCAGCUUGUGUCAGAUGCCAUCCGGCAUGAGCUCGAGGACCGCAUUUGCGUACCACUAAUGUACGACUUGACCCAGUAUCUACGCCGACAUGUGCGGCAUGAGGAGCACCAAUUUCGUCAGCGCGUGCUCCUGUUAAAAGGCAAGCCGCAGAGCUACUUCGGCAUUCCAGUAGACAAAAUUUCACUGAGCAGUUGGCGGUCCGUGGUGGAUAUUGUGAAGGAGGUUGACCGAGCUUUCCUGCCGCUCGACAAAAUGCGGAAGUUGGUCUCCACGGCACACCAGAUCCACGUGCUCUACAAAACUGAACACACAAUGCGCGCAUGUGCGUCCCCACGCCACCGUCGGCGAAACUCGACGCCGACAGCUGGUGCUUUGUGGCAGCCUCAAUCGUCGCCAUUGCCGAUGACCCGCGUGCUGUCGCCCUCGAGUAGCAGUUCCAAUCGAUCGUGCCGGGGCUUGACCAUCGGAGAUGAAGCUGAGACAUUUGUCGAGAAGUACUCAAGCGGAGAAGAGCCAAAAGAAGGAGAGGAGGAGGAGGCGGAUGGUGUGGACAGUGAGUCAUCGUUCAAGUCGCAGGAGGAGGACGUGCUGAGCGGCGACGACUUCUUGCCCAUUUUUAUUUACGUGAUCGUCCACAGUGAUCUGGAAGCGCCGAUCUUCACCCAAGUGCUGCUGAAUCGCCUGUGUGACUUUGAAAAGCGACGUAGUGAAUCCGGGUACUACCUUGCAACGUUCGAGGCAGCAUUGCACCACAUCCUGUCGCUCGAGUUGCCAGGCAUCAAGGCAGCUGCUGGUCUGUAG